CUUUUGCUUGGGGUCCCUUUCAUGGCCGCUUCUAGUAGCAAAACCAAUCAGGUCUCCGUUGCUCAGCCGCCGCCGUUCCAAGAUCCGGCGGCGCCGAAUAACCAGGACAACAACGGAGCUUAUUAUGAUCUCGGUGAGCUGGAUCAAGCGUUUCUUCUUUUUCUCGACGCUCAAGCUCAAGAUCCCUCCUCAACUCAUGACCAACAACAACAGAAUUAUGGGAUGAGGCCACCAAAUACUCUGAACAUUUUCCCCUCACAGCCCAUGCAUGUCAACCCCUCAUCAUCUGCGCAGGCGGCAAUUGCUGGGUUGGUUAUCUCUCCGGAAGCUUCUAACAGUCCAUCCCUGCCGUUAAUGGAACUUUCCAACCUUAAAAACAAAGCUGUUGUUGCUUCGGCUUCAGCUUCAGCUUCUCAACCUCCCAACAAACCUCUUAUUAAGCUGGAAGCAAGUGGAAGUCGCAGAGGUUCGACUUCAAGUGGAGACCGUCACGGCAAUAGAACCCUAGACUCUAAGACGUUAAGGAGGCUGGCGCAGAAUAGGGAGGCAGCUAGGAGAAGCAGGCUUAGGAAGAAGGCUUAUAUUCAACAGCUAGAGGAAAGCAGGGUCACGCUAAUACAAUUGGAACAACAAAUGGCAAGAGCCAGAGCUCGAGGAGUUCGUAUUUCUGAAAAUGGCAGUAUAGUUGGAGCUGAACAUGGGCAUCCUCUUUCCAUGACCAAAAUAACCCCUGAAGCUGCAGCUUUCGACAUGGAGUAUGCGAUGUGGUUAGAGGAGCAACAUGGGAUGACAUGUGAGCUCCGAAACGCAGUUGAUGAGCACGCGCCGGAGAUUGAGCUGAAGAGGUAUGUGGAUGCCUGUUUUGCACAUUAUGCAAAGAUGACGCAUCUCAAGUCCACGCUGGCAAAAUCCGAUGUUCUCCACCUCGUCUCCGGGAUGUGCUGGACCCCCGUCGAACGCUGCUUCAUAUGGAUCGCCGGUUUCCGCCCAUCUCAAAUUCUCAAGGUAAUUAUGAGGCAGUUAGAGCUAGUGACAGAGCAACAAGUGUUGGGGAUGAUUGCACUGCAGCAAUCAACCCAAGAAGCAGAAGAAGCCAUGUCACAAGGCAUGGAAGCUUUGAAUCAGACAAUCUCUGAUAUUAUUUCUUCUGAUGCACUGUUCUACCCUUCCAAUGUGGCUGCCUGCAUGCCCCAAAUGGCUGCCGCCAUUACCAAUCUCUGCACUCUUGAGACUUUUGUUAGACAGGCUGAUCAUCUGAGGAUCCAAACAAUCCAGAGGCUGUAUCAGAUCUUGACAAUCCGUCAAGUAGCAAGGUGUUUUCUGAUCGUUGCUGAUUAUUUUCAUCGUCUUCGAGCUCUCAGCUCGCUCUGGUUGGGUCGCCCUAGGCAGGAUUAGUC